AUUGCUGCUUGGGCUGCUCCCGGAUGUGCUGGAAAUACCCUCCUGGGCCCUAUAAAGGUGCUGCAGGAGCAGGGCAGUGAGGGCAGACCCGGCACAGAGGCACCAUGAGGCUCCUGCUCCUGCUGCCCCUCCUGGCCCUCCUGGCCCUUGGCCUCUGCAGCAAAGCUCCAGAGGGCUCUGUCAGCACCGACUCCUUGAGGUCCAGAGCCUUUGUGUCCAAACGUGCCAGCGCCGAGAUGCGGAGGCACAAGAGGAAUUACGUCUAUGACAGCGGUGCCUAUGGGGCCGUGCGGGACCCGCUGGAGGCCAAGCGGGAGGUUUGUGAGUUCAACCCUGCCUGCGAUGAGCUCGCCGACCACAUCGGCUUCCAGGAGGCGUUCCGGCGGUACUACGGCCUCGUCUGAGCCCCACAGCGCCCCAUAGGGCUCCCAGCACCAGCCUUCCCCCCCACACCCCCCACCAGCUUCGGUUUCAGCCCGUGCUUGGUAACGGGAUGGAAA